GCAGCACGAAAUAAUAAAUAAGAAGCUGAACUUGGGCAAUUUGAAAUCAUCUUCUGCAUGACAAAAGCAUUCCUUUGCAGUGGGAAUUCUUCCCAGUGGAUCCAGUAUAUUCAGCCCUAUGUACUUACAGCCAAAAAUUCAGCAGCUGAUCUGAAAAUGCCUUUAUGGAGGCCUUUAUCCCUAAUUCCUGCUUCAUGCCAUGAAAAUCCAUCAAGGGUGUUGUAGCCAGCAAUGGAGCCCCAUCCUGCCAGCAGACUGCAGUCACACUCUCAUUAGUAGGAUGACUGCAAAAAGAAAAGUUAUUUCUUCCUGAAAAAGUUUCCAGAUUCUGGAUUUUAUAUUUAUCAGCCAUGACUUUUAAACAUUGAAUCCUCAAGCACUGUUUCCCUAAAGAUGCAGAGAGAAACUGAGGUGCAGGAGGCUGUAACCCUGCAGGAAUGUGACUUGUGGACACAAAACCCCAAAAUAAACACACGUGUCAUGCCCCACGCACACAGCCAAACAAUGGCAUGGCCAAUAAGUUACUGAUUCUCCUGAGCAAACCCACAGCCCGAUCCUGACAGCUCCUCUGGCAAAAAUCCCCCUGUUUCUCAAAGCCUGCCCCAAGGAAGGGCUUCAGGAUGUCACACAGUAGCUGACUCUGUCCAGAGCACAGCGGUGGCUAGGACCCAGCAAGAGCCCGGGGAGGAGUGGAGAGGAAGACAAGCAACAUCAUUUAAAGCACACACUGCUCCAAAUAAGGUUAUUUCCCUGAAAACGCCUUCAUUCUGAAGUUCUGAGUGAGCCUCUAGGUGUCCUGAAUGGGUGAGCAUGAAGCUGAAGAAUAAUUGCAUUGAUACCAGGAUUGAAUUGAUUUUGAAGAGCUGGAUAUGCUUUUUGAAGAGAUGAUAAGCAGUGUUUGGGGAUGCAAGAAGCCCUUGAAACAAGAGCCAUGAAACUGUACAUCAUCUUCUUCCUGGCAGCGGUGAACAAAGAAACCUCUAACUACCAACUCUCAGAGGGGGCACCCUGUGAAAUGGCAAACUCUCAGGCAUUUUGCCACAACAAAGACCUCCACCAAAUCCCUCAUGAGCUCCAUCCAAAUGUAAACAAAAUAGAUCUGUCGGGAAAUCUGAUUCAAAGCAUUCCUGAAAUGUCAUUAUCAUUUUACACUUCCCUCCAGUGCCUGGAUUUAAGCUCUAACCAGAUAAGUUUCAUCACUCCUGGAGUCUUCGCACCCAUGAAGAGCUUGCUGGAAAUAAAUUUAGCCAACAAUCACUUAUAUGAGCUUGCUCAGAGUGGCACAGAGGGGAUUGGACUCCUACCCAAGGUGGAAAUACUGGACUUGUCCCACAACAGUCUGUACAAUGGGAUGGCUGAGUAUUUCAUUAAAAAAGCUCCAGCACUGCAGUAUCUUUCCUUGGCAGACAACAGUAUUAUAAUGAUAUCAAGAAAGAUGUUUCAGGGAUCUCCCAAUCUUGUGGAGAUAGAUCUUCAGAGCAACAUCAUCAUGGAAAUAGAAGAAGGUGCUUUUGAGACUCUAGUGAGCCUGUCCAAACUCAAUCUCUCAAAGAAUUCAAUUACUUGCAUCUCUGAUUUUAACCUCAGGCAGCUGGAGAUACUUGACCUUAGCAGGAACAGCAUUGAGACCUUCCACACCACAAAAUCAGAUGAAGAAUAUAGCUUAAGGUAUUUGGAUCUGAGUGAAAACAAACUGUUUCACUUCCCAGUGUUCCCUCAGGUAAAUAAGAUGGUAACUCUGAAUUUAUCAAAGAAUUUAAUCCAGCUUACUGCUGAAUCCCCUCAUAAUAAAAUGGACUAUGUGAAAAAUGAAUGGCUAAAUGCUUCUUUCCGUCUUCUAGAUCAGAAGCAAAGUAGAAACAAAAGUUCUCUUUAUUUAUCCCAGCUUGAAUAUUUAGACUUAAGUUAUAAUAAAAUCAAAUCCAUUCCAGAUGAAUUCUUUGAAUCAAUGAUGUCCCUUCACACCCUGAAUCUCAGUAAAAACUGUCUUCAGGCAUUUGCAGUAAGUUACGACAGUGCAUUGAUCACUUUAACUGUCCUUGACUUGAGCUACAAUGCUUUGCAGAACCUUCUCCUUGAUGCUGGUGCAUUGUCAAAUUUAAAGGAGCUCUACAUUCAAAACAACUAUCUUCAAACCCUGCAGUUUGAUACCUUCUCAAAUCUUCCUAGCCUUAGACUGCUUAAUCUACAGAGCAAUAAUAUCAGCCUUUGCAGCAUGUACUCAGGAUUAGCUAAGCAAAGACUUGCUGGAGAGGAGAGUGGUUGUGUGUCAUUUGUCAAUUCUCCUACUCUUCAGUACCUGUCCCUAGCUGACAACAUGCUGAACACCCUACCAGCAUACAGCUUCUACAAGACUUCUCUGGUUGUCUUGGACCUCUCCAUGAACCCUGGACUGAAAAUAGAACUUAAAGCAUUAUCAGGUCUGGAAAAGUCUCUGGAGUGUUUGUAUUUAUAUGGUAAUAGCCUGAUAGAUUUAAAUAUUGACUUGCCUUGUUUUAGUCACCUUAAACAUUUAAACCUCUCUGAAAAUCAGCUGAGCUGGCUGCCUAAGUGGGAUAGUGACUCUCCACUAGAAGUUCUGGACCUACGGAACAACAGGUUCAGUACAUUACAGAACAGCAAUAUUUUAGCAUUAGAAAAUUCACUUAAAAACUUGUAUCUCACUGGGAACCCACUCAAUUGCUGUGGAAACAUCUGGCUUUCAUCAAUGAUCCAGAACAAAAACGUCCAGAUCCCCAACGUGGAGUAUUUAAUGUGCCAGCACACUCAGAAUUUCGGGUACCAGGAUGAAAUGUACAUCAGGAACAUUAGACCAGAAGACUGUGAAAAAGAGGAUCUGAAGAAAAUCAACUUCCUUAUUAUUUUAACACUUGUGUUGGUUUUAUCUGUGAUCAUCAUUGGUGUGGGUUCAUUUUUUUGCUUCCGCAGGCAAAACUUUACCCAUCAGUUUAAAGCGUAGUAACACAAAAUGCCUUGAAAACUGAAAAAAUUGGGUGCUACACUGACACUGUGUAGAAAUGAAGGGUAAAAUUCUCAUCUUUGAUGUGGAUUUGAAGUGCUUUUGAAGUGCCCCUGAACUGCACCACUGGUAUGGGUUGCAAGGAUGGGAAGGAGAAUUUGCCGUGUUUUGCAGAUCCACAGUUAAAUUCAAAGAGGAGAAAUUUGGCCCUAAUGUGCAAUAUAUAUUUAACUGAGUUUAAUGUGAAGAAAGUCAUCUCUGGGGUGAAAGCUUUUUAAAAAAAUCCUGGAGCAUGAAUUUCAACCAGCUAACAUUGAACUGACAUGUUUAUAUUUCUAAGAAAAACUGUUGGGAAGUCACUGCAUAUGGUUGCAUUUCAAUGCAGAAGAAUAGUAAAUCUAUUUUUAAAGGCCACAGGAGGUUAGACUGCAAAAAGGUGUUUUGAAGAUACCAGUGUGAAAUAAUGCAUAAGGGACAUUGUCCUGGGCCAUUAUUCAGAUCUGUCUUUCUACUGUCUUUCCCCAAAAAUAUAUUAUUGUCUAGAGAAUGUGCUGCAAGGAAAGUUCUGUGGGUCCUCAUUCUGUGCUGUGUUUAACAUGGCUAGCCUGUUGUGUUGCUAAAAGUUGACAGUGACAAAUGUUACGUCCCAUAUUCUCACAGAAAAUUCACCCUUUUGGAGGGAACAUGACAGUGAGUGGGAGCCUGACCUGCUAACAGGGUUCAGUGGCUUUGAAAAGGAACUAUAUCAGGUCUCCUGUUAAUGCCAGGAACUGUCCAUUCAGGCACAUGAGAAAAAGAGUGGUCAAGCUGAAACCUGUCCAGGUAAAUAACUCAGUCAAAUUGCUGCUCCGUUUCUGUUUCUUCCAGCUAGUGAAUGUCAAAACUUCCACACUACAAAAGAGGUGUAUAGUUAUAUUUUCCAAGCAGUUACAUAUGAAACUGGCUGGUGGUUUUCAUUGUGGAAUUUUGUACAAUAAAAACAACUGAAUUUUGUAAAAAGCACAAGGCUGUGGAUAUAUUAAAGCACCAGAUUGGGAUGCUCCACAGAUGGAAAGAAAUGUCUUCCUAUUUUUCUGUGGCAUUUGGACUCCACCUUAGACCUUUACCUUCUGGUCCUGAAGCAGAGACAGAUGCUCCAUGUUAUAGAGUACAACCAAUGGAGAAUAAGAAGAUGUACUGGAGAUGUGGGCAAGAAUUUGGAACUGGUUGCCCAGAAAAGUUAAUCCCUGAAAAUAUUCAAGGCCAGAUUGGAUGGGGUUUGGAGCAACCUGGUCUAGCAGAUGUCCUGCCCAGAGCAGGGGAUUGGAACAAGAUGACCUUUAAGGUCCCUUCCAAACCAAACCAUUUUGUGAUUUCUGUGAUCCUAUGAAUUUGAGUAAACCAUGAGCAGCAAUAGGGCCUGAUCUAACAUCUAUGAAAGCCAAUGGCUCUAGCACCUAAUCUUGUAGGAGAAGCUUGCACAGGCAGUAAUCCCAGGGAUUAGUUGGAAGCUCAAAAACAAGCCAAGCUGUGUGCAAGAUGCCCAUUUGUCGCAGACUGAGUUCAUAGUUUUUGUGUCAAGCAUGGCAAUACAAUUUCUCCUGCUGUGAGAGCCAGUAUUAGCUUGGCUGCUGUGACUAGAAUUAGUUAAUAACCUGAUGACAGAGCCAAACCCAUUUAAUUAAUGGUUUUAACACUGCUAUUGUUUUGAUCUACAAAAAGGAAGUCCUUGUUAUUACUAAACAUCUGGGACUAAUUAGACUUCCAUUGACUUCCCUGGGAGCAGAAAUAGUUUUUGCAGGAGCAAGUCUCAGAAGUAAAGUGCAGCAUGGCUCAUUUGGAUUUGCAGCAUUAGCUUCCAAGUAGUGAUAUGAACCUGCUCCAGGCAAUUCUUUUACUCUGGAUGAGAUGAGAAAUGUGAAGGAAAGAAAAUAUGACUAGAUUCACAAAGACAGGGAAAAUGGUGAAAUGGGAGGUCUACAUUACAUAUUCAAAAUUAUUCAAAAUAGGGAUAUGUAGAUGAGAGCCCCACCUCUUGCCUGUCCUGUGUGUCACUGUGCCUGCAAGAAGACCAAAUGCCAAAGUACCUGAUCCUACAUCAAAGGUAGCCAUCACUAACACUUUGCACAUCUUUCCACCUUGUUCUAGAAGGUUGGUGUCAUGGUUUAAUGAAGGAGAAUAUGAACCCUAUCCCAGUGGAAUCAGAACAGUAGGCAUAAUAGAGCCUGUAAUUUUACAGCCAAAACUGACACCUUCAUUCAUUGCUCAUAAAGUCCUUGUAAAAACUUCUGUUGAUGCAAAGAGCUCCUUCUGCUGAGCCAAGGAAUAUCCUUCUGUGACUCUGUGAUAGAGAUUUGGGAUUUAUGCAGUCAAUGCAAACUCGGUUUUCUUUAAGUUGCCACAUGCAACAAGCAGCUUCCCUUCUGCAGCUGUUUGCAUGGGUCAGGACAAUAGAAACACAGAAUCCUAAACUGGUUUGGGCUAGGAAGCACCUUAAAGUUUCCAAAAAUUUGAUUUUAUUCUGCAAAGCCAAGACAAAAUAACACCUUUACAGGUUGCCUGUCUCUGGCCACGGAUUUCUGCUGGGACCCUGCUCAGCCCUAAACUAUUCAGGAUGGGUGAGUACACAUGACAGAAAUUGCCUCCUAAUAUUUUGGGAACUCAAAGCAUUUCCUCUCCCUUUCUAUUCCCCAUGUCAAUCAGUGCUCUUCUAUUUGCCUGUGGAGAAAUAAACUGAAAUAAAAAUAUAAGUAACUAGGAAAAUGGGAUGAAACAGAAAUGGGAGGAAGAAGAAACUGAAAACACAUGGAAGAACUUUCUCAGGAGGACCUGUAGGGCUAUACCACAUUAUUUCACAAGCAAAGACAUUUGGAGGCUGAUGCAACAUGAUGUUAAGCAAAAUUUUAGCAAAUAUAAGGGAACAGUCCUGCAAGUCUCUUUUCUCCCAAGCUAUUGAUCAUGGUUGUUCUGCUGUGUUGAAGAGUCAAUCAGUUUCACAUAUUCCCUCCUCCAGUCCAUUUCUAGCAGCUGUCACAUCAAACACAUGUUUGGGAGACAAUGGGAGACCUGAUUGCAGCCUUUCCAUACCUAAAGGGGGCUUGUAAGAAAGAGGAAGAGUGGCUUUUUACAGAGGGAGAUAGUGACAGGAAAAGGGGAAACAGCUUUAAAAAAAGAGCAGAGAUUUAGUUGAGGAAGAAGUUCUUUACUGUGAAGGUGGUGAAACAUUGGCACAGGCUGCAAGGAAGCUGUGGAUGUGUCAUCCAUGGAAGUGUUGAAGGUCAGGCUGGAUGGAGCUUGGAGCAACCUGGUCUAGUGGAAGGUGUCCCUGCCCAUGGCAGGGGACUGGAACAAGGUGUUCUUUAAGGUCUUGUCCAACCCAAACCAUUCAGUGACUUCAUGAUUUUCCACUUCAUAAGCAGUUAGUCUAUGAAGAACAAUUCUGGAAAGUGAUUGUUAAAGAGAUUCUUCUUACUGCUCCUGACUUUCCCAGAAAAGGGAGUGGAGAAGGGAAUCCCUGGUCCUGAAGGCCAGUGAAGGAGAGACUUCCAUUUGCAGGUAGAAAACUCACCAAAGGGAAGAUUUGGAAUGGGCAACUAAGUUGGAGGUAUGGCACAAGGAGAAAAGGAUGGGAAUAAGAGUGGCUAAACCAGGAAUUUGGAAUCUAAAUUACAGAAUCACUGAAUGGUAGGGGUUGCAAGGCCCCUCUGGAGAUCAUGUGGUUGGACCCUACUGCUAGAUCCAGUGUAUAUUGCACAGGUUUGUGUCCAUGUGGGCUUUAAAGAUUCCAGAGGAGGAGACUCCACAAUCUCUCUGGACAGCCUAAGGUAGUGCUCUGUCAUCCUUACAGUGAAGAAAAGGGAAGGAAUGGUCAGGAUGAAAUUAGAACCAGAAGCAGGAACUAGUUCAGCCUGGAGAAGAGACAGUCGAGGAGAAAUCUCUUGUCACUACUGGAUGGACAGCUACAAGGAGAAGCAUCAGCUCCUCCCAGGAGUAUUCACUGGAGGGACAAGAUGCAAAUACUGAGAGCUGCAGCUGGGGAAGUUCACAUUAAACAUAAGGGAAAAAUUCUUCAUAAUGAGAGAGGUCAGACUCUGGGAAGGCCUUGGAGACUUUCAAAACUCAUCAGGGCAAGGCCCUGAGCAGCUACUUCUGACACUGAAGUUGGCCCAGCUUCAGUCAGGGAGCUGGAUUGGAGUUCUCCAGAGGCUCCUUCUGCUCCAAAUUAUUCUCCAGAUCUUUGGAAAACAAGAAUGGGUCAUGCACUGAGGUAAACAAUAGAGUAGCAGAGAAACAGAGCCUGUAACUGGCAUCUGUUCCCUGCACUGGAGUAGUGGAAGGCAUUUGGCAGGAAGAGUGUCCAGGAAAGAUGGCAAAAGUGGCUGAUGAUGUCAGAUGUCAACAGAGCUAGUCAGCUCAUGGAAGUCUGAGUUCAUAUAAUCUUUUCUUUUUUUUUCCCCUCCUGAGUUUUAUAGCUCAAAAUUACAGUUAAUAUUUCCAACAUUUCCCAUGAAAAUGGUGAAAAAUAUGAAGUUGGCAAAGCCAGAGCUUCAAUUUUGAUUCAAAUAUUUGUACGGCUGAAAGCACAUACAAUAAAAUCUAAAAAAAAAAAUAAAAUCAUGGAUGCAUUCAGUUUGCCUUUACUAUAUUUAUUCUAGAGAAGAUAAGGAAAUAUUUCAAUCAGCUAAUGCUCGACAAAAUCCCUCCCAGUUAUCACUAAAUUAAACAGAAAAAAUAAAUAAAAAUAAUAUA